AUGGGUUGCGUCUUCGGAAAGCAAUCACAAGCGCCGUCAUCUGAUCGCCGGAACAGGGGCAACACCGUUGAAUCAUCACAUCCUCCACGUACUCGUCGUCGCCGUAGCUCCGGUGAGACAUCCACGGACGUUUCAGUCAAUGAAGCCGUGGACCCGGUCGCGAAUGUCAAACAGCGGGAGAGACAGAGACCACAAAAGCAGAAGGCUAGACAUAGUGGCGAUUUCCCGGUGGCCAUUCCUGCUCCAGAGACACGGCGGACUUCUUCAGACCUGAACCAACAAGGGUGGCCGUCGUGGUUGAUGGCCGUAGCCGGUGAAGCCAUCCGUGACUGGACCCCAAGACGCGCCAACACCUUUGAGAAACUUGACAAAAUUGGGCAAGGGACUUACAGCAAUGUAUACAAAGCCAGGGAUCUACUAACAGGGAAAAUAGUGGCAUUAAAGAAGGUAAGAUUUGAUAAUUUGGAACCAGAAAGUGUGAAGUUUAUGGCUAGGGAAAUUCUUGUAUUAAGUAAGCUCGAUCAUCCUAAUGUAAUCAAACUUGAAGGCUUAGUUACUUCAAGAAUGUCUUCUAGUCUUUACUUGGUGUUCGAAUACAUGGAGCAUGAUCUUGCUGGCCUUGCUGACUGCCAUGAAAUUAAGUUCACUGAGCCUCAGGUAAAGUGCUAUAUGAAGCAGUUACUUUCCGGGCUAGAGCAUUGCCACGAACAAGGUGUUUUGCAUCGUGAUAUCAAGGGUUCUAAUCUCCUUAUCGACAAUGAAGGAAUUCUAAAAAUUGCUGAUUUCGGACUGGCUACCUUUUAUGAUCCUGAACAGAAGAGCCCCUUGACUAGUCAAGUAGUUACACUUUGGUAUCGUCCACCCGAACUACUUCUUGGGGCAACUUAUUACAGUGUUGGGGUUGACCUCUGGAGUGCCGGUUGCAUUUUGGCCGAGCUACUUUCGGGGAAGCCGGUAAUGCCAGGAAGGACAGAGGUUGAGCAACUGCAUAAGAUAUUCAAGUUAUGUGGAUCCCCUUCUGAGCAAUAUUGGAAGAAAUCCAAAUUGCCAAAUGCAACCCUCUUUAAGCCACAACAACCAUAUAAACGCUGUAUAGCAGAAACUUUCAAGGAUUUUCCAUUGUCUUCUUUACCUCUCAUCGAAACACUUCUUUCAAUAGACCCCGAAGAACGAAGUACUGCCACUGCAGCUCUUAACAGUGAAUUCUUUACCUCUGAACCAUGUGCUUGUGAGCCAUCGUGUUUACCGAAAUAUCCACCCAGUAAAGAAAUGGAUGUAAGAUUGAGAGACGAGCAAGCGCGAAGGCAACGAAGUCUAGCUGGCAAGGUUAAUGCAGUUGAUGGUGCAAGGAAAACUCGAGUUAGCGAACGUGCUAGCCGGGCGGUUCCUGCCCCCGAAGCAAAUGCUGAAAUUCAAGCAAACUUGGAUAAAUGGAGAGUGAUGACACAAACAAAUGCCAAGAGCAAGAGUGAGAAAUUCCCACCUCCCCAUCAAGAUGGAGCCGUGGGGCAUCCAUUCGAUGCAUCACACAAAGGGCCUCUAUCAUUCUCUACAACCGACACUUCUUUCACCUCUUCGGUUUUCAGCUCCAAGUUAUCUGAAUCCGCUAAAAAUCCCGUACCUGCCGACGGCCCUUCCAGGAGGAGGAAAACCAAUAAAGACCUGCGGAGGGAUCCGUCUCGAAAGUUCAUUCGCGGUUUCAAACCGUCCUCGAUAGGCCUAUCCAUGGAUUUUCUAUUCCGGGGUAAGUCCGAGGUCCUUCGUAGUCAGAAUUAGAAUAGUGUUCCAAGUUUAUAAACCCCUUGCUUCUUAAGGAACUUGAAAAUGUAGUUUUCCCAUCCCUUAUUUAAUUGUAUCUGAUGAUAUAAGUAUCUGGUGUAUAAUCCACGCCAAGAUCCCAAAUCUUUUGGUGUAUAAUCUGCCAAUGCAAUCCCACUUUUUGUUGUACAGUC